ACAGUCAACUCUGUCUAGAGAAUGAAUAGUGACUCUUGAAAGGAUUACUGGUGAAGACGGAGGGAAAAAAAAGCUUGAAGAGCAGCAGCUGAACAAAGAGGUGAAGGAAGGAAGCUGUGAGUAUUGUGGAUUGUUUACCUUUUUGACGACUGAGCUCACAGAAGACAGUCUUUCUGCCUCUAAGCAUAAAAAUAAAUCCUCAGCACUGCUUGGGGGGCUUGCUUAUCUCGCAAGGGCGCAACACAGCAUGCUUUAAAGCUCUGAGCAGCGAUAUGGUGGCAACACAAGGACAGUUUUCAUCCAACCUUAUCUGAAGAAAAGAAUCACUUUCUCCUCUCUCGUUCACCUUGUAUUCUUCAGUCCUCACUUAUUAUGCUCCUGCUUUGGGAUGCACUGAAAUGAACAACACUCCGCAACUUGAGGAGCCUUCUCCUUUUUGUUCACAAGGCAAACUUUUCCCUUUAAAUCCUAACUGUAUUCUUUCACUUCCCAAUUUGUUUGCCUACCAAAUACAGUUUUUCCUCAGGCACACUCACCUCUUAGCAUAUUCUCCAUCGUUGGCUCUUCCUACUUUGCACCUUGCUCUUUUCUCUAUUCUACUUUCUUGCGUCUCCCUUGCCUGAUUUUUUCCUCUCCCCCAUUAUUUUCCUUAUUAUCCAACCUCUCCUUUCUUGUGCCUGAGGGCACCCAGGAGUCAUUUGCUGACAACAUACUUGGUCUCUCGCCUAAUUGCCAUCUCUCCUCGAGUCGCUCUCCUCCGCGCUUUUUCCUCUCACCUUCCUCACAAUCACCCUUCCUGUCACAAUGUACCCCUCCGAGGAGCACUGGAACUCCACAGAGCAGCUCUGGAACUCCACAGAGCAGCUCUUGAUCAACGGCUCCGAGGCAAAUGUCUCACUGCGAAGACGUGGCCACGAAGACGAGGACGAGGAAGGAGAUCAACACCCUUUCCUCACAGAUGCCUGGCUGGUGCCCCUCUUCUUCUCCCUCAUCAUGCUGGUCGGACUGGUGGGCAACUCUCUGGUUAUUUAUGUCAUUUCCAAACACAGGCAGAUGAGGACAGCGACCAACUUCUACAUAGCAAACCUGGCUGCCACUGACAUCAUCUUCUUGGUGUGCUGCGUCCCCUUCACUGCCACCCUCUAUCCUCUCCCUGGAUGGAUCUUUGGCAACUUCAUGUGCAAAUUUGUUGCCUUUCUACAGCAGGUGACAGUCCAAGCCACCUGUAUCACUCUGACAGCUAUGAGCGGGGACCGCUGCUACGUCACAAUCUACCCUCUGAAAUCUCUCCGCCACCGCACCCCGAGAGUGGCCAUGAUUGUCAGCAUCUGCAUUUGGAUUGGUUCCUUCAUCCUGUCCACCCCAAUAUUAAUUUACCAGCGUAUUGAAGAGGGUUACUGGUACGGCCCGAGGCAGUACUGCAUGGAGAGAUUUCCCUCAAAGUCACAUGAGAGGGCUUUCAUCCUCUACCAGUUUAUUGCUGCCUACCUGCUGCCUGUCCUCACUAUCUCCUUCUGCUACACUCUGAUGGUGAAGAGGGUGGGCCAGCCUACCGUGGAACCUGUAGACAACAACUAUCAGGUCAACCUCCUGUCUGAGAGAACUAUCAGUAUCAGGAGGAAAGUUUCCAAGAUGGUGGUAGUAAUUGUCCUCCUCUUCGCCAUUUGCUGGGGUCCCAUCCAGAUCUUCAUCCUCUUCCAGUCUUUCUAUCCCAACUACCGGCCCAACUACGCCACAUACAAGAUCAAGACGUGGGCCAACUGCAUGUCCUACGCCAACUCUUCGGUCAACCCCAUAGUUUACGGUUUCAUGGGAGCCACCUUCCAGAAGUCCUUUAGGAAAACCUUCCCAUUUCUGUUCAAGCACAAGGUCAGAGAUAGCAGCAUGGCUUCCAGGACGGCCAACGCUGAGAUCAAGUUUGUUGCUGCAGAGGAAGGCAACAACAACAAUGCAACAAAUUGAAUCUGACAAUUAAAAAUAGCAAGGGGUGAUAUUAGUGUUUGUAUCCAGAGCAAUCUCUGCAAGAAGACAAUUAAAGUAAUGAACGUAUUCUAGCCAUGGGUUCAUUGUGUGAAAGUCUUCAUAGAGCAACUGGCUCAUUGCAAAAGGACACAAUGUGUUUGGCAGACAUGUUUUAGUUUUGUUAAUGAAUACAACUCAUUAACACAUUGGUGUGGGGAACACAGACUCAUAAUACAGAUGGACACUAACAGUGUUUGGCAUAAUAUGUUACCUGCUUGACUGCCAAGGCCAGGCAGCGUUGGCACAUACCAUCAUCCAUCGAGCUGCCAAACACCAUAGCCAGAUAACAGAGGACCGACGAACACUUCAGAUGACGAGAGAGGGAAUGUUUGCCUGGAAGCUGCUGACAUGAGUCAUAAUCCUUGUAAGAUCAUGGCCGACAAGGUCUGCAGCUUUGCUAUAAACUAUUCAGCAUUUGGACAGCUGAUGAUAUUAUGUAUUCUAAGACAUGAGACAUGUGCUUUGGAAAUGACCUAAGGGGGGAAUGUGCAUUUUGAAUGGACAAUUAAUACACAAGAACAGAUGCCUGUGGACAUGUUUUGUUUUCAUUAAUGUGGCUGAAAUGAGUUUGUAUCACUGGAGAGAAAGAGGAUAAUCUUUUGGUAUCUGCCAUUCUGGGUAAAGGCUAACGCUAUUCCAUUUGUUAAAGGAACAGUGUCAUAUUUCGCCUUCUUGAAGAGAGUUACAUGAGAAGAUUGUGACCGCUAGAGCCAUGGGGUGAUUAGCUUAGCUUAACAUAAAGACUGGAAGCAAGGGGGAAACUGUUGCUUGGCCCUGUCUAAAGUUUUUUUUUUUAAAUAUCCCGACCAGCAACUCUGAAGCUCAUAAAGCAGCACAUACCGGAUUUGUUUAAUGAGGCUGUUUUUCAUCAAGAAAUAGUCGCAGCACACAUGAACCUUUCAUCUUUCUCCCCGUCAUUUCUUGUAAUUAUUCUACUGUCUAAAGGCAUAACAAUUAAAAAAUACUAUUUCUAAACUUUAGACAGAGCCAAGACAGCUCAUUCCCCAUAUGUCAGCCUUGCUUAUGUAAGAUAUAUAGAUCAUAGAGGAGUUAUUGUAAUCAAGAGUUUGCAAGUUGUAAUAAAGACUAUUUUAUUAUCUCACUUGGCACUUAAUAAUACCGAAAGUGCGUACUCGAAUGUAAUUUAAGCCAUACUUCAUUUAUGCGGUGUUAUAUUUCACAGUGAUUUUAAUCCUCAAAAGAUCAACUGUAUCUGUAUCUGCAUCUCAAAAAUAGAACAGGAUGUUUGUUUUUUUGUUUUUUCUCCACAGUAACAGUUAGCUCAGGAUAACACAGGGUUAAAGUUUAUUUUUGGUGAGAAUCCAACGAAACAAAGCCAGCAUCCAACUGAAUGUGAGUUUCUCUGCUGCGAUGAAUGUGAUGAGUGGGAGCUGGCUGAAGCAGAGGUUACGACCGGUGAAGCAUGGACAGCGUUUGCCCUUCUUUUGUGUCCCGCACAAAAACAUUCACACCUUCCUCAAUACAUUUGCACGCUGUAGAAACCUGCACAAACACAGGCAUGCACUUUCACCAGGUACGUCCAGGUGUUGUUUCCCCGGUAUCAGUUGCCACAUCUUUGAAAAACACCCUUGUAUGAUCUUGUCAGGAGAACUCAAUUCUAAAAGGUGGAGGUGACCCGUAUGGCCUGUUCCCUGUUUUGAAAAGAGCAUUUUGAAAGAAGACUUGUUUAGGGAGCAGCUGUCUGUAGAUGAAAAAACAGCCUGUCAUUGUUAAUACAUCUACAAAACCUCUGCCAGCUCAUCACUUCUAGAUGCAGUACUUUUCUAUCUAUCCCACACAGUGACAUUCAAAAUCAGGACUUCAUAGAAAAUCUGCUAAUGCAAUUCUCAUUUGAAUUUUAGAUACUGUGGGACUUGCUGUCGUCAGAGCUCAGUUUGAAUUACAUAAAGAUGUCUUGAAAGAAAAACCAGAGGGCUUUUGGCUGCCAUGAUUAGCCAUACAUAGGUUACAUAUUUGUGGUCUCAUUAUUUCAGAAAGCAUUUGGGCCGCAGUUUUCAAAUCCAUGGCCACCUUAAUAUAACAUUUAUAUCUACCCCUUCAGUUUCAACACGUCUGUGUCCCUUGUAGCCACGCAACUUAAAAAGUGUUUACUGUUGCUGAAAAAAGCACCUUGACUUCAAUUUCAUUUAAAUGAGUUGCUCUGCUUUAACAGGAAGUGAUAUGACCUCCAUCUAUAAUCAUAAUCUUUGCUCAGUUUUAUCUGCAAAUUCAACAGUGAAGUGUGAAGUGCAUCGCGAAGCCUUUUUUAUUUUGUAUCUGAGUGCCUCUGUAAAACAUGUCUUAACAUAUUUAAUGUAAUGCUAAUGAAUGGCUGUUGCUAUUUAAUAUAUGCUUAGUGUGCUGCAUUUCUUCCAUAGAGAGUAAUGUGCAUUCAUAAGAACUGAGGUCAUCAAUAAUAUGUAUGUUUCCUGCUUUUCAUUGAGAAUUCUCUUGUAUCUAUUAUCCUGACAUUGUGAUUCUGCUACAUGUCUGUUCUGGUUGUUCUGAAAUAUCAAUGAUGAUUUGAUCAUUUCUCAGGGUUAUGUAAAAACAUGUCAGUAGUAAGUUUAAAUUGAACUGUUGAACGGAGGGAAUAAGGUAAUUGAACAAUUGGGACUGCUACUCAUUUUGAUGGUGCAAUACCAUACAAAUAGAGAUGUUGCUGUUGUAGAUCACUGGAUUGCGUCAUAUUAGCUGAAUUCAAGCUUUAGAUUUGUGCUGUGAGUCAACUGGAAACAAUGUUUUUCUUUCUCGUCGACCAUUACACAACAAUUAAGACUC